GAGGAGAGCGGCACCUGCGAUUGGCCCGAGCGAGGGGGCGUGCCGGUGAAGUUUCCGGAGUGCGGAAGAAAGAUCUGGAAGGUUCUGGGAGGCGGAGUCUCGCUGGUACAAGAGCUGUGUGAGGAUUACCAGAGGAGACAUACCGAGUGACAGAGCGCUGCCACACACAGGUACGGCCACACUGUGCUGGGGGAGGGAGAGAGGGUGUACAUUACAGGCCCCUGGGGGCCAGUAUGGACAGAGAUCCUAUUAGAGGGAAUCUGAUAUCAGUGGCUGGCUGGGAUGGCUACUCUCUCCCCUGGGUCUCCUGUCUCCAUGUUCACCCGGUGCAUUCUGGGACAUGUAGUUCAGAAAUAUCCAGGGGACAGGGGGAGCCAUUGGUGGUUUCAGUCCCAUGGAGAGCAGUGUUAAUGGGCUGCUAGCUUGCUGGUGUUCUCCUAGUCCUGGGGCAGCCAACCCUUUUGGCAAAGCAGAUGUUUUGGACUACAUCUCCCACAAUGCUCUUACAAGAGCACUGCUGGCAAAGCAUCAUGGGAGAUGUAGUCCACAACAUCUGGAGUGAUGAAGGAUGCCUAGUCCAAUUUCAUCAUCAUCAUCAUAGUCUUAAAUUAGAGGGGCAAAGGAUUAAAAAUAAUAUCAGGAAGUAUUACUUUACUGAGAGGGUAGUGGAUGCAUGGAAUAGCCUUCCAACUGAAGUGGUAGAGGUAAACACAGUAAAGGAGUUUAAGCAUGCGUGGGAUAGGCAUAAGGCUAUCCUAACUAUAAGAUAAGACUAGGGACUAAUGAAAGUAUUUAGAACAUUGGGCAGACUAGAUGGGCCAAAUGGUUCUUAUCUGCUGUCACAUUCUAUGUUUCUAUCACAUUUUUAUGUCACAUGAGAUCAGGCACCUAAUAUCUACUGUACUGAUUGACACUGGACAGUUUUGGUUUGUUUUUUUCUCCUCAUAUGUGGGGGUUUACAGUUUACCCAUGUUGAUAUGUAAAUUGCCCUGUACACAUGUGCCUGUUGGCUCUCAGUCAAUAUAAGUGUGUGAUCUAGGAAUAUAAUGCAUUGCUACUAUAUCAAUGUGGUAGUCGAUAAGACGUUAUUGCAAAUAAUUAUUGGCUCAGAUAUGUGUGGUACACUACUGUCAGCCUUUGUAAACUUCAAUAUCACUUGUGGCCCUUUUCUGUUAUGCUUGGCUGCUGGCAGCAAAACUCAGUGUGUGGAAGGAACAUGGGAUGUGAUUUUACUUGCUUAACCCCUUCCAUGACCAAUGGCAUUCUAGACCCAAUGUGAUAUAAAUAAAAUAACUAUUCUAUUGUUAGAAAGAGGUGAUGAUCUCAUAUAAACAAAGUUGCUGUAGUAGCAGAGGUUCAAGAUGUUAUACCUAUGCUGAUCAGUUGCUGAAAAGAUGCUUACUCUCUUAUCCCCAGCCCUUGUGUCUUUAAUGUAUCAUAGAAGAUUGAUCAGUGCCCAAUUCUAAAAAAAUACAAAGUUCCAAAAAAUGGGCAGUCACCAUGGUAACCUGUGCAAUCAGCAGGUAGAUUCCAUUGGUGACUCCUCUACUUCAUCUUUAAACCACGUUUUAGCACAUAUAUCACUCUGAUAACUACCCCCUCACCCUGCAUCUCACCCAGUAUGUCACAGAAAAAAUACCCUGCUCUGUGUGUCCCUUGUUUCAUUCUCCUGGUUCUUUAGUUUGGAGCACUGUAUCUACAGGUUUUCUAUGGAGAACUGUAUUUUUUUUUUUUUUAACAAAGAUUACAGGUCCUAACAUUUAAAGCUACCAGAAAUAGGAAGUUGAUGGGCAUGAAAAGACCACUUUCUAGCUGUGAUUAGGUCUUCCUUUUUAUCCUAUAGGGUCCAGGUUUGGGGGGGUUAUGUUACCUUCAUGAUGGCUCUACUUAAUUCUUGGUGCAGAUAAACCAAAUCCACUAGUGUAUUUACCCUCUCCCCUCCACCCAUAUCUUCAGGAUCUUGCAUGUUUGGAACAAAAAAACUGACUUAAAGGAAAGCUUCAAGCACCCUAACAACUUCAUCCUGUUCUAGUUCUUUUGGUGCCAGGAGUGCCCUGGCCUCCCUCCACUGAGCUAAACACGCCUGGUACAGGGCCGUGCUUAUUGGCUGAGUAUGCUCUACUGACAUCUCAGACAGUAAAGCUGGCCCUGCUUACUUUGCAGGAGAAUCUGGAAAGUGGCCACGUGCACUCAGGGGAACCCAGGUAAGCUGUCAGAUUGUUCUCAAAGGGUUAAACAAACUGCUCUGGGAGGCUGCCAAGGCACUCCUGAAACAAUCAUUACUACAGGAGAGGAGAUGGUGCUUGGCGUGCUCCUUUUAAAGAAUGUUUCCAUUUAUUCUAUUUUGACCUAACCUCUGAAAUUCUCUGUACAAUUCCCAAUAAUCCUGCUUGUGUCUUUUGUAUCCCUUCAUGUUUGUUUAGGAGCGCGGUGCAGAAGCAUGAUGUUGUGGUGCAAGUGUUUGUUUUUAUUUUUUUCAUUCGUUCCUGUGUUUGACAAAACACGCAAAGGAUCAUGCAAAGUAUCAUGAAAAUUUGUUAUAUGGGAGUAUGUCACAGCAGCUUCUGCAAACUAUUAUUACCUAGUAAUUUUUGAAAUCUUUUGGAUAACUGGGACCUCCAAGGAGCACUCCAAGCAACAUCGUACCACCAUAGUAGUGGUUAGAUUGCGUCCCUUUUAGAGUGAUGCACGAGAGUACAGUAUUAAGGGAUCCUCCAUAGAUGGGGCCAAUUCCCUGCUGCCGUCACUGGUGAUGGCUGGGAGAUUGACACUUCUACGUGGCGGUUGCUGCUUCCAGUGUCUAGAAGUAUCUGGCGUAAGAAGAAAUACUGAGAAAAUAGUCCCUACUUUAUCUCAGUGUAUCUUGUGACUCUGUUGGAAUUUUAGUAAAACUUCCAACAGUCAAUAGAUUUUACCUUUUUAUGAAAUAUUCAUUUUGUAGAGGGGGUUAGGGGGCUGGCAGUGGUAAUGCUAUCUUUUUAGUGUUCAUUUAAAAUUGACUAUUCUAAGCACCAUAACAACUUUGCAUGGUUUCAAAUGUCCUGUUCCAAAGGGUACUUGUCUCUCACUACUCACUAUCGCUAAAAAAAGAGUGGCUUGUAAUUUGUAGUGAUUUUGUAAGAAAAAGAAAAUCUCUCCAAUAUAAGACAGUCUGAAUUUUGAAUUUCAGGCUGCCUAUAUAACAUUUGUCCAACUUGUGUGCACAUACAACACUAGCUUAUUGCACUGUACAAAUGACUUGCAGAAGCUUUAUGGCAGCCAUCAAUUUAGUAAGUAGAAAAACUGAACUCUAAUGAGGUAAAAACAAUACUUUUGGUUAAUAUACUCUGUUAGAAAAUGUAUAUAGUUUAAAAUACAAUGUGUAAUUCAGUAGAAUCUUUAGUGUAUUGUAGUAUAUUUCUAAUUCUGUAGUAUCAGUAAGAAAGUCAUAGUUCUAUCAACUUAUAUAGUAUGAGAAUUUAAAGGAACAAUGUUGUCCCUUAUUUAUGUUCUACCAAUCUAUUUUACCAUAGAAGUUUGUGCUGACUUUGUUUUUGGAAUACAAUAAGUAAGGUGUGUGUUUGUUUAUUUAUUUAUUUUUUUUCCUCUUCCACUUCGUAGGUAUUUCUGUAGAGUUACACUACACCCAAAAGCAUGGGGAAGGAUUAUUACAAAAUCCUUGGACUUUCAAAAGGAGCAACAGAAGAUGAGAUUAAAAAGGCUUACCGAAAACAAGCACUGAAGUAUCACCCAGACAAGAACAAAGACCCAGGAGCUGAGGAACGCUUCAAAGAGAUUGCUGAGGCAUAUGAUGUACUCAGUGAUCCCAAAAAGAAGGAAAUAUUUGACAAGUUUGGGGAAGAAGGUGUGUAGAUGCAUAGAUUUGAUUUUUGUUUUGGGCUUUUAUAGCACUUCACUUUUUAUAAGUAGAUACUGUUUGGUGACUCUCUAAAUUACUAAAUGAAUUGACAGACCUGCAAAAGCUAGGUCAACUUUAGUUUGGGGAGGGGCUAGUGCAAACCUUUCUGCUAGAUGUGCCCAUUCAUCCUGAUGUAUUAUUGCUUGACAAUGUGCAAAGACUGGAUCCAACUUGGCACCUGGUACAUAAGUGUGUAGCUCUAAUCUCUAAAUACCAAAAAGAUUGGAUCCCUGUACCUGGGAAGGGUGUGUUUGUUUUAUGCAGUGGGGAAGGGAAUAGAAAAUGCGUGGUGAGACUGUGUGUGUUUUUUAAUAAGGAGCAGCACAGUAUCGUGGCCUUUUUAUUAUGAUUGUUUGGAGCAAAUUGACAAAAGGCAUCCUAGUGGUGUUGGAAUAAAAUUUACUCACAUUUAAACUCUGCAAAUCAUCUGGCUUAAUAAGGCUUACGGGCCAACAGUAGCUGUAGAUCCAAGUUUCCCCUGCCCUGAUUUUUAAAAUGAAUACUGUUGAGUACAGGAAUAUUUGAUAAAGGGGAGUCCUGCUCUGAAUUGGCUUAAAAAGUUAAUUGGUUAAAACUGUAUGUAUGUUGCGUUUCUUGAGAUGUUGUGAUUCCUGAUUAGCAACUGGUUGCUCUCCCAUAUCCUUUGAAUUUUUGAUGCAUUGGACUAACCUAGUUGUCACUAUAUUUGGUAAUCCAACAAUUGUAAUCUACUUUAGAUCAGUCAUGUGAAACUUAAUCUUAAAACGCUGCAGUGGCAAAGGGACUGUCACUGAGUUAGUGUUAAAACUGUCAAUUAAAGUGGAGAAGUUCUAGAAUUAAUGUGGAAUUCUGCAGGUUGCAUCCUGUCUGAGCGCUUUGUAUUCCUACAAAUCAAGACAUGUCUUAUUGCCCUGCCUUGUGCUUUCACUUACUAAGUCUCUGAACCUUGCUAUUCAUUGACUGUCCAUUUAUCUUGCACUUUGGACUAUUACUUAUCAACAUAAUUUGCAGCUAUAUUGACUGCGAACUAAACACUUUCCCCCCUGCAAAGCAGUAGGUCAAAUAAAAUAUCUGUCACAUUUCGGAAUUACUUGAGGUUUGUGCAUGUGAUAUAUAUCAUUCAUGUAUUGCAAAUACCGUUUAAAAAUUGGCCCUACAGAUUGACCUUAUGAUUGUUAUCUUGUUAUACCUACAGAAGACCAUUCGUUUCUUUUUCCGACUUCCUUCACUGACUUUAUGUAAAGCAAAAUAUCACAGAAGGUGCACUUAGUUAUCCUCUAAGGGUGUGGCCUCUGCCUAAGGUGUCUCCAUAUCCCCCUUCAUUUAAAAAAAAAAAAAAAAACCACAAGCUGUAACAUGACUCUAUCCUCAUUAUAGUGAGGGGCAUCCAUACUAAAUGUUUGUUUUCUCUUCCCAGGUCUAAAGGGAACCCCAGGUGGUGGUGGUGGAGGAGGAGGAGGUGGUCCAUCUUACAGCUACACAUUCCAUGGAGACCCUCAUGCCAUGUUUGCAGAAUUCUUCGGAGGUCGCAAUCCAUUUGACAACUUCUUUGCCCGUAAUGAUGAUGACAUGGACACUGAUGACCCCUUUGCUAGUUUUGGCAUGGGAGGGUUUAGUCAUUAUCCUAGGGCUCCUGCGGGCCGACGAGAGCCAGUCACCAAGAAGCAAGACCCCCCAGUGGUGAGGGAACUACCCGUCUCUCUAGAAGAUGUAUACAAUGGUUGCACUAAGAAAAUGAAGAUCUCACAUAAGAGGCUGGGUCCAGAUGGGAGGAGUGUGCAUAAUGAAGAUAAAAUCCUGACCAUUCAGGUUAAGAGAGGUUGGAAGGAAGGCACCAAAAUCACAUUUCCCAAGGAAGGGGAUGAGACCCCAAACAACAUCCCUGCAGACAUUGUCUUUGUUUUGAAAGAUAAACCUCACAAUUUGUACAAGAGAGACUCUUCAAAUGUUAUCUAUACAGCCAAAAUCAGCCUGCGGGAGGUAAGGGAUACAUUGGUUAUAUGUAAACCUAGUAGGAGGGUGUCUACAAAUGCUGACCCUUGAGCUUUUACGUGAACUGUGUAAUUUGUUGGGUUUACUUUUACACUUACUAUUUUUAUACCUCCUGGAAAAUAUUACUCCGUUAGAUAAAACUGGUAUGUAGAGAUAUAGGUGCUGCUAAGUCAAUUAAUGGUUUUGUCUUUUGUGCAAAUACAUCUCAGAACGCUGAAGAUGUCUGCUUGUUGACAGGGUAAUUGCUUACUGUUAAGGAGUGGGAGCUAAACAUGUUAUUAACUUUUCUUCAUACACCUGUCAAAUUGUGGUGUGUGUUGCGUUUUUUUUUUUUUUUUCUCUCUCUCAUUCAGUGGCAGAGGGGUACUUCUGCUUGAGGUAUUUUGUUAAAUCCAUUAUCGCAAGUCAAAGUGCAUGGUCUAGAACAAAAUGGUGUUCUGUUUUUUGCAUUAUUAUGUCCACACACUAUGCUAACUACCUAAUGUUGCAAAAAUUUACCUAAUUUAAUUUUUUUAUGUAGUUUAGCUUCGGACGCGGUCUUCAGUUUUAGUACAGGGUGAAGCAAAACUGCAUGUAGGUCCCUAGGGUUUUGUAAUCUGGGUAAUGGUAGAGCAAAAAAAAUACUUUUAAAGUGCUUACAUGGACACUAUAGUCCUCCAAAACAAAUUUAGCUUACUGAAGCAGUUUUGGUGUAUAGAUUAUGCCCCUGCAGCCUCACUGCUCAAUUCUUUGUGAUUUAGAAGUUAAAACACUUUGUUUAUGCACCCUAGUCACACCUCCCUGCAUGUAACUUGCAUAGCCUUCCUAAUCACUUCCUGUAAAGAGUCAUCUAAUGUUUACACUUCCUCUGUUGCAGAUUCUGUUAAAUUUAGAAUUUCUUAUCUCCUGCACUGUUAAUAGCUUGCUAGACCCUGUAGGAUCCUCCUGUAUGUGAUUACAUUUUAAUUUACAGAGCUGGAGAUACAUACUUUAAAAGUAAGUUACAUCUUAUUGUAAAUUACACUACUUUUUUUUUUUUUUUUUUCUUCAUGCAGGCUGUGUCAGUCCCAGCCAGAGGAGGUGUGGCAAGGGCUGCAUAAACAAGUGAUUUAACUCUUAAAUAGCAGUGAAUUGAGCAGUUAGACUACAGGGGCAUGAUCUAUACACCAAAACUGAUUAAACUAAAGUUGUUUUGGUGACUCUAGUGUCUCUUUAAGGUGUACUUCUGUCAUUCACAUAUUUUGUGGAUGAUUUGCUCACUAAAGUAAAACAUGAUAGUUGCAGAUCACAAGUAUGUACUCCUAGAUGUAAAAUAUAAAUAUUACAUGUAGCUGUUAUAUAGUGCAGGGAUUUUCCUGUAAGAAGUCCUGCAAGGAUAUAGAGGACUACAACUACAGUCUGUGAACAACUUAAUGCCUUCCUGUCGUUGGGAUGCAUGCUCGUUUUCUCUCUCCCCUCUCUCCCUCACUCAUUUUGAAAAUAUUUGUUUUUUUUAUUGCUAGGCUCUCUGUGGCUGCUCCCUCAACAUCCCCACCUUGGAAGGUCGCACCAUUCCUCUAGUGGUCAAAGACAUAGUCUCUCCUGGGACCAAGCGGCGAAUCCCCGGUGAAGGACUCCCACUUCCAAAGUCUCCUGAACAACGAGGAGACUUAAUUGUGGAGUUUGACAUUCGGUUUCCAGAGCGACUUCCAGCUGCAUCUCGUGAAGUAUUGGAAAGGAUCCUUCCUGCAUAAGGACAACGCAGUGCCUAAUCUUAGUGACAGACCAAAGUAGAUCUGACGGGACCAGCUGUACACUCCUUAAGCUUCGGGAUGGGUUCACUGUCCCAAAUGAUGGCAUACAUUGAGCUCAGAGGUGUAUAUAUGAGUUUCCUUAUAUUUAAUGUUUUUGUUUUAAACUAAAUUUCUCACCACCGGAGAGCCAUUAACGGAACAUUUAAUUUACUCCAUUUCAGAAAGUCUUAGAAAUUAGUUUAGAACCAGGAAUUUGAAUACGUAGGAGCCAUAAACCUCUGAAAUUCUCAUGUGCCUACAAGUCUACAUAAUGGCUUUGUUCAUUAUCUGUUGGCAACAAAGGUCAUCUGCAUUAAAUUGGAAGCUAGUGGAAAGAAACAGCAACGAGUGAUGAGGGUGCAGCAUUUGGGGAAUAAAUAUUUCAGGUUUUGGACUGUUUCUAGAAAUAUUAAAACAUGAAGCACAAGAGGGUGCCACAAAUGUGUAGUAAAUGUAUCCCAACCAGGCUCAAAAUGUACUUAUUUUUAUGUUCCUAGUAGACAUAAACUUCGCUUUACCCUUAUUUACCCUCCAUCAUACUCUAAUCUGAAUUAAGGCACUUUCAGAACUCUGUAAAACUGGCCGAACCAAAGGCCAGUACGUGUACGUGAAAGUAUGAAACAUUAGGUUGUGGCCUGCAAAUUUCCUUUCGUUGGAAGGAAGAGAAAUCUGGGAAUAUUCUUAUAUUGUUGCUUUUUAGUAGAUCAAAAAUGUUUGGAUAUUUGCCACCUUUCCUGCCCUUGUGAUUUGUAUGUGGUGAUUUCGCAAUUGUCGGCAUGACUGCAGCUAUUCUGAAAUGUUGCUUUUUGAUUCAGAAACAUCUCAUCUGUUUUCCCACAGUGUUCACACCUCAAUUAUGUGGUUUGUGGAAACGAUGUAUUUGGUUUUGAAACAAUAUAUCUCCUUGCUGAUCGAAGGCUCCAAAUCUUGUUAUUCCAAGUUCAGUACUUGUCUUUUCUGUAAGGUUAAACAUUUACGUGUGUGUAUUUGCUAUACAUGUUAUUUUUUUAUAUGGGGUUUUUUUUAUAAUAUAAUAUAUAUACAAGGCUCAAAUCUUUAUCUUGUGGAUGUCCAGGAAAGUAGUUUAAGGAAUGGUCUCAUGUUGAUUGAACAUGUGUUUAUCUAUUGUAACUGGAACUGUUUAUAACAGAAAACCUGCUGUGAGAAUCUCCCCCUUUGAUUCAAAAAAAAAAAAAAAAAAUCAUUGAACAUAAAGAUUACAUCUAUUAUAUUGUUAUGAAUACAUAUAAUCAAAUCCCUUCUUUUCAGUGCAUUUUUUUUUUUUUUAGCUUGUGCUUUUUCCAUGCACAUAUCAAUCUUAAAGUCCUAUGCGGUUGAAAGUUCACUAAUCUGACACAAGACUUCAGGAGCAUCCGUUCAAUGAUUAGACUAGAUGGACAUCAAACUGACAACUUGUGUGAAGAGAAGGAUAAGCCAGGAGAUAUUGCUUAUAUGUAUGUAUGUAUUCCAAUAUAAAAUACAAACCGGCUAUAAUGCAUGUACUUUUUUUUUUUUUUUUUUUGUAAUAAAAUCUGCCGGUCUUUUGCAUGGAAAAUAAUGGGUAGGAUAAUUUAGAUUAUUACAGUGGCAAAGUAAUAUUGCUACAUACAUUUUAUAUUCUUGGACCCAAGAAUAUCUCCUGAUUGUACAUUAAUGCGGACAAAAAGCCAAUUUAUAUGCAAUUGAGUCAUUUUAGAAUUUUUAUAUAUAUAUAUAUAUAUGUUUUUUUUUUUUUCUUCUCCUUUUUUGUGUAUACUGGCUUAUUCAGUUCUCUACUACGUCAUAUCCGCAUUGGCAUUGUUGCUGUAAAUGAAGAUUGGGUACUAGAUCAGCUUUUAAGUAAUGCUUGGCAUCACUUGCUGUACUGUACAGAGAUAGGGGUGUGCUUAUAAAGUGCGCAAUAAAUAGCUGGUACAUUUUUUUUUUUUUUUUUUUUAAACUUCAAAUAUUCCAUGCGCACUGUAGAUGAAUAGUGUGCUAACCCUGAAGCUUGUAUGUGUGCUGAACUGUCUGUGGGAGUAAACAUAUGGAUUCAAGGAAUGGAUUCCUGUUACGCUGAAUGUGAUGUUUAAAUAAACAUAUUUUUCAGUCUGUA